AUGACCACCCGACCCCCUUUGGGCCAGCGACAGCCCCCCCAACGAUCGCUGAGUGCCACCAAUGCUGUCCAGAGGCCUCCCGCCAACCACCGCAGUCUCCCCCAGCAGAGCUCCUCCUCCUCCCCGACGAGACGGGGCAACGAGACCUUCGUGGACUUGACAUAUGAUGGGGCGGAUCCGGUGGGGGGGCGAUAUGGAGCAGCGACAACUGUACCGCGGAAUGGCGGCUCGCGCCUCAAGUUGGAGAUUUCCGACUCGGGUACCGACAGCCAGGCUGAGUCUCCAAAGCCUGCGCCAGAUGUCGCACCGAUAUGGCGGCCGUCCGCGCCUCCGCGGGGCAGACCUCGAACCCAUUUUGAUGUGUUGAAUGCGAGCAGUCUGGGCUUUCGCGCCGGGCAGGAUGGGCUCCAGGGCGAUGCGCAAGUGAAGCCAAUGCCUCUGCCCGUCAGGCCACGGCAGCAUGCCCCUCCAGUUUCCGGUGGCAAGUUGCUGGAGAAAUCAGGGAGUCCCGCGAGGAAAGAUGGUCGACCGAAACCCUAUACUCUGGAGGUACCGCCGGCGGCUCCGCGAUAUCCUCCGAAUGGCCAUGUGGACUUCUACCCCUGGACGGGAAACCACCCCGAAGACCAUUUCUCCGAAUCAGUGAUUCGUCAAGGUUACUACGACAAGGCGCAGAUGUCCCAGAACGAGACGGGCUCAGCGAAGUCGACUGUCUUCCCGGCCUUGAAGAAUAAGACCGGCCUUCAAACUCUCUCGUCGAUCCUUACCAGCGUGCUUGCCCAACGCAAAGCUCAUGGGCAGAUUACCGCCAGUUCCACAUUCAAACCUCCACCGCGGGUCACGGUGACAGAUACGAAGAGGGAAAUGUGGCUGAAGGAUUUGGCCAACCCCACCAUAUCAUUGCGCCGGCUGAGUCGAUCCAUCCCCCAUGGCAUACGAGGGAAGGUCUUACUGGACCAGUCGCUGAGUAAAAACAUACCUAUUGAAAGAGCUAUCUGGCUAGCUAAGUGUGUCGGGGCGAAUGAGCUGCGCUCCUUCCGAAGAAAAGGCGUCAGUGGAACAUUCGCUAUGGGCGGCGAAGCAAAAUGGAUCCGGGACUUUACCGUGUGCGUAGAACAAUUCAUCGAGAGCAUUUUGGGAACGUGUGGAGAAGGGGAUUUCAAGACCAAGAUAGACUAUGCGAUUCGAUUGGCAUCGCAUUUCCAUGCCGAAUUUCUGCUGGAUCGCGAGCACUACAUGGAUUGGCUUGUGUCGUCCUUAGAAAAUAGCCCUCAGACGAAGCUACCGUUAUGGAUUCUUAUUACCCAAAUUUAUUGGAAGGAUCUCUUAAAAUACCGAAAAUAUGGGCGCAGGCUCUCGGGAGCGUUCCUCCAUCAUUAUGCAGAGCUUCUCAACCACCCUGACCAAGAUAUAUUGGCCCCCCUCUCCGACCGACUACACCGCUUGAUUAAAUCAUUAAUGGUAUCGAAUCCCGAUGGAUUCGUAUCCCCUGCAGUGUGGACAAAACACCGGGAUAUCAUACGUUCGGGCUUAGUGUCGGAUGAUGAACGCUUCCUAGCAAUCUUCGAAUCGAUUGAUCGGCGAAAUUGUCGGCUCGGUAUAUCAGGUUCAGGAAAGGAGCCUACUGUUCGCCAACGAAUCAUCCAGCUUCUUGACACGACUCUUUCAGCUUCUCCAUCGGACGAUCUACCGAAGCGUUGCUGGCAAAUAACGGAUGAUAAGGCUAUGGUCCUUCGGGUGGUUCUAGAAUGGUCUACAUCAUUAUAUCGACCGGGGAUUCCAAAGACAUACGUUGCUGCACGCAUCCUGAGAUUCGGAGCUAAGUCUGGAGCAGAUGUUACAGACGCACUACUGAACUUCAUGGACUCUGAAACAUGUGAAGUUGGCCGCAAUAGGCUCUCAUUUUAUCAUUUAGUUUCCGAGCUGGCGCGCUCCGAGCACUUCUCCGCAGCGAGAUACUUCCAAUGGCUGAUAGCGAGAGGAGGCCUUCAGGAUCCAGCAGAUAUCGCCCAAGACGGUCCUUGCGCAAAACGUCUCCUAGCCGAAUUACCAACACAUAACCUCAGUGAGGGGAUUGCUUCGCUCCAUAGAGCUUUGCUCGAGCGUGCAAGCUUUUCACUAGACGAGGAGGAGGAACGGAUGGCAGGUUGCAUGGCGGCCAUCAAUAGGACCCUUCCAACGAUGCCCGGAAGUGAUUCCGAAAUGGAAUUGGACAACCCUCAUAUGUCCGAUGACAUACCAAGUCUUAUAUCACAGUUGAAUCGAUCAAGCAAGUCAGAGAUCGGACUAUGGUUAAGACACAAGGUUCUGCUUCAGAUGCAGCAGCCAAAAAUACCACAACUGGAUGAUUGGGAUGCAACCUCGGUGAAGGCUGCGACUCCCGCGAUCGCUACGUCUGAUUUUCAAAAGAUCCGCUACUAUCUUGAACUGAUCGAGGACUAUUCGAUGCUGGCGGACGUCUUGAAAAUCACCGCAAGUUCUAGCGAUGCAGAGGUUCUUGCCACAUGCACCGAUACGUUGAAUUUGCAUGUGGACACCUUAGCAGCUAUCGGGGCUCUUCAAAGCCUCUUCGAUAUGCUAGUGGCCCGUUUGCGAGUAUUAGCACAAGAUCAAGACUCCAUCCCAAGAGUCUUCCUUGCCUCGUUAUCGGAUCUUGCCUCUCGGAUGCCCAAUCAGAAAAGACUUGCGCAACAACUAUCUCAAGAGCUUGUUCUUUGUGACAGAAAGAAUGCCGUAGACGCCUGUUCACCCGUCUCGGAUCACAUCGCGAUAACCCAAGCUACUGAAGUUGAUUUCAUUGAGGAAACUGAAAAGAUUUUGUCCAAUGGGAAUAGCAUGGAUCAAGCUACUCUCGACCGACUCUUCCAGAGAGUCGUCUCGCAUCUAGAGAUUUCGUGGCAUAAAUCUCCCGAUCAACAGCGAUGCUGCGUGUCACUCCUUGCGAGGCUCCGACCAUUUAGCACCGCGCACUUUGAUACCCUGAUGUCGAGCUGGGUAACGAGCUUCCUCCACAUGCACAACCGACCAAGCAUGUUCCGAGUCCUUGGCCCUUUUAUCAGCUCCGGCUGUCUCUCCCUAUCAACUAUCGCCUCUUGCUGCACAUCCUUUUUGGGAAAAGCCGUUUCGGAUGAUCAUUCGGCCACCCGAAUAUCUCGAGAACUUUUGGAUUUGCUUAUAGGAACGGUCAACAGUGAGGAAGUCAUGGAUGUUGGAGAGGCAUAUCGGUUCCGGGUUAAACAAAGCCAUAUGCAAAAGGACUCUGCAACCGACAUCCUGACCAUCAUUCGACGGGUAUUAGAAGAACCACCAAUCCCCGCGAGCGACGAAUCAAAUUUCCCGGCAGAUGACGGAUCUUCUUUACUUGAAAACCGGAAUGCAUGGGAACUACUUCAGAGAUAUGCUCUCCUGUAUACUGAUUCCGUCAUUCAAAUCCUUGCGACGCCAUUGCUCCGGAACUCUGGUUCAGCAGGCUCGGCGUCAUUGUCGACUCUCAUCAAUAAGUUUUUAUUAGGCGAGACCCGCGAAGACGAUAUAUCGACCGAGGAGAUUCUAGAUAUCGCAGAUGAUCUGACCUUACCCUUCUGUCAGAUCCAGCUCGACUCGAUGUUUGGUGCUGAGGAUAGUGCUAUGUCAGGGACAGAUGAGUCCGUUUCGGCACGCUUCCAGACGUUCGACAGCGCGAUCGAAGCGGCUGUGAACUCCGGGAAGACAGCAUGGGCGAGUAUUGUACCUUUACUGGAUAUGUCCAUUGCUCAGCAUCUGCGACGCCGAGCAGAGCUGCAAUUCCUCGCCCUGUUUCCCUCACCUAAAUCAGGCAACGUGUUAGAUUGCUUAACGACGGGAAAUCACCUAGCUCAGGCGGAGAACCUUCUUCGAGUCAUCGAUUCAACCGCAUACAGCACUUCCACAACAGCAACCGUUAACCCAAACAAUACUAGCCAUGCGCUUGAUAUCCUUUCCACGCUCAACAGUAUCCGCCUAAUAUUAUCAACUAAUCAGACCAUGCAAAUCAAGGAUGCGCUUAUUUCAAAAUGGAUACCCCUUAUUCUUUCCUUCAUCGUGCUUCACACCUCCGAAUUCGAAGCGACAAAGUCGGGGCACGAGAACCGGGCAAAGGUUACACUCGCGCUUUCUGCAGUGUUCCUCGAACUACAAGCCCUCGACAUCAACACCGAACCAGUGAGCGGGCUCAUUCAACAAACUUUCGACCUAGCCCUCCACCUCGUCGAUGGUCUACCUGAUGACGUCCGCCAGCAAUGCAUCCGCAGUCUUCACGACAUGGUCUCAAAUCCGCAGAUCCGCUACCUAUUCAGCUAUUCGAGUAACCCCUCUGACUGGCUUGUUCUUAGCCAGAAGGAGAAGCCGUCCAGUAUUCCUGGGGAAGCUCCACGGAGGAGAACCGCUGCUGAGAAGGAGAAAAUUGUCCCCUUCCGUCUAAGGAGGUGGGAGAUGCUAGGCGAACCGACUCCUAAUAUCGGGGAGAAUGACACGAGUUUGAACCUUACGCUUUUCGGCGCUCGGAGGGGAUAA